CGACUGGCCGACCGGCCACCUCGUCAGCGAAGGCUCCCGCUGCAGCUGCCGCUGCCUUGCCCCCGCCCGGUCCCCAUGGAAGAAAUGGAAGAAGAGUUAAAAUGCCCGGUGUGCGGCUCCUUCUAUCGGGAACCCAUCAUCCUGCCCUGCUCUCACAAUUUAUGCCAGGCGUGCGCCCGCAACAUCCUGGUGCAGACCCCGGAGUCAGAGUCCCCCCAGAGCCGCCGGGCCUCGGGCUCCGGGGUCUCCGACUAUGACUACCUGGACCUGGACAAGAUGAGCCUGUACAGCGAGGCGGACAGCGGCUACGGCUCCUACGGGGGGUUCGCCAGCGCGCCCACCACCCCGUGCCAGAAGUCUCCCAACGGCGUCCGUGUGUUUCCCCCGGCUAUGCCGCCACCGGCCACCCACCUGUCCCCGGCCUUGGCCCCGGUGCCCCGCAACUCCUGUAUCACCUGUCCCCAGUGUCACCGCAGCCUCAUCCUGGAUGACCGAGGGCUGCGCGGCUUCCCGAAGAACCGCGUUCUGGAGGGAGUCAUUGACCGCUACCAGCAGAGCAAAGCCGCGGCCCUUAAGUGCCAGCUUUGCGAGAAGGCACCCAAGGAGGCCACCGUCAUGUGCGAACAGUGCGAUGUCUUCUACUGCGACCCGUGCCGCCUGCGCUGCCACCCACCCCGGGGACCCCUAGCCAAGCACCGUCUGGUGCCCCCGGCCCAGGGCCGCGUGAGCCGGAGGCUGAGCCCCCGGAAGGUCUCCACCUGCACAGACCACGAGCUGGAGAACCACAGCAUGUACUGCGUGCAGUGCAAGAUGCCUGUGUGCUACCAGUGCCUAGAGGAGGGCAAACACUCCAGCCAUGAAGUCAAGGCUCUGGGGGCCAUGUGGAAACUGCACAAGAGUCAACUCUCCCAGGCGCUAAAUGGACUGUCAGACAGGGCCAAAGAAGCCAAGGAGUUUCUGGUGCAGCUUCGCAACAUGGUGCAGCAGAUCCAGGAGAACAGUGUGGAGUUUGAGGCCUGCCUGGUGGCCCAGUGUGACGCCCUCAUUGAUGCCCUCAACAGAAGGAAAGCCCAGCUGCUUGCUCGUGUCAACAAGGAGCAUGAGCACAAACUGAAGGUGGUUCGAGAUCAGAUCUCUCACUGCACAGUGAAAUUGCGCCAGACCACAGGUCUCAUGGAAUACUGCCUGGAGGUGAUUAAGGAAAAUGAUCCUAGUGGCUUUUUACAAAUUUCUGACGCCCUCAUAAGGAGAGUGCACCUGACCGAGGACCAGUGGGGGAAAGGCACGCUCACUCCCAGAAUGACCACCGACUUCGACUUGAGUCUGGACAACAGCCCUUUACUGCAGUCCAUCCACCAACUUGACUUUGUGCAGAUGAAAGCUUCCUCUCCAGUCCCAGCCACCCCCAUUCUGCAGCUGGAGGAGUGCUGCACCCACAACAACAGCGCCACACUGUCCUGGAAACAGCCACCUCUGUCCACAGUACCUGCCGACGGGUACAUUCUGGAGCUGGAUGACGGCAGUGGUGGUCAGUUCCGGGAAGUGUAUGUCGGGAAGGAGACAAUGUGCACCGUGGAUGGUCUUCACUUCAACAGCACAUACAACGCACGCGUCAAGGCCUUCAACAAAACAGGAGUCAGCCAGUACAGCAAGACCCUGGUCCUCCAAACGUCUGAGGCAAUUUCAGCACAUGAAAUUAACCCUAUGAAAGACACAGACUCAGAAGAACAGACACUCCCUUUUCCAGUGCCUUCGGAAAGAUUGCCGCUCCGUAGAAUGAGUCCUUUCUCCUCCACCCUUAAUCUACAACCCAGCUUCCCCGGGAGAUCCUACUUUGAUUUGAGAUCCUCACCCCACCAGCUGAGCUUGCAUUCCUCUUUACAGUCUCUCAAUGCACCCGGAUGCAAUUUUGAGCCACAAUCUGCACCUUACUCUCAAUUAGUUGACAUUAAAAAGCUGUUGGCAGUGGCCUGGUUUGCUUUCGACCCUGGCUCGGCGCACUCUGAUAUCAUCUUCUCCAAUGACAACCUGACUGUGACCUGCAGUAGCUAUGAUGACCGGGUGGUGCUGGGCAAGACCGGCUUCUCCAAGGGCGUCCACUACUGGGAGCUCACCGUGGAUCGCUAUGACAACCACCCCGACCCUGCCUUUGGCGUGGCUCGCAUGGACGUGAUGAAGGAUGUGAUGUUAGGGAAGGACGACAAAGCUUGGGCAAUGUAUGUGGACAAUAACCGGAGCUGGUUCAUGCACAACAACUCGCACACCAACAGAACUGAGGGAGGAAUCACCAAGGGAGCCACAAUUGGGGUCCUCCUUGACCUAAAUAGAAAAACAUUGACCUUUUUCAUCAACGAUGAACAGCAAGGCCCCAUAGCAUUCGAGAAUGUGGAGGGCAUGUUCUUCCCAGCAGUCAGCCUGAACAGGAACGUGCAGGUCACGCUUCACACCGGACUCCCAGUCCCGGACUUCUACUCCAGCAGAGCCUCAAUCGCCUAAGGAUGUCUGUGGAGGCACCAGCUGCCUGUUCUUACCUCCACCUGAGAGCGACAGCAAGGAGCUCCGCCUGCAAGCGGAUGACAGAGAGCUGGAAGGAGAGGGGGAAGGAGGAGCCAGAAGCUGGUCCUCUAUGGUCUUCACACCCCGGCUCUGCCCCCUUCCCCUCCAACCUCUCCGCUGCUGUCCUGCCUGCAGCCCUUCCACCUUCAGCAGUUCUAACCAACACAGAUUCUGAGCAGCCCACCGAGUCACUUCAUUUCACUCCCAGAUUUUGUUUUUAUUUAACAUAAUUUUUUAUGUAGGUGAGUUAUAUUUUGUUUCUUUCUGAUCAUGUUAUUGGCAACUUACUGAACUGGCACUGCCAACAGAAAAUUCUCCUGAUAACUUCUUUUCUUAAGCUUUCUGCACAACAAGGAGAUUAUAGAGAGAAGUAGGGCAGAAAGACCUGAAUUUGGAUCCUGCAGUUUACCUCCCAGAAUGUUCUUGCCCUGUGUCCUCCCGUGCAGUACAGGUAGCACUGGGAAGUUUCACCAUCUAGCAAAGCACAAAAAUACCAACACCAUCACACAUAGGUUCGCAGCUGGUUAGGAUCAUUAGGACAGGCCAGAAAACCCGGUCACUGAAUAAAAUUGCAAAGUCUCUACACACAGGCAGACCAGGGGACUUAAUGAGUUGGUAUGUUUCUUUAAAACAAGUUUUUCACUGACAACCUACCAUGGUCCAGGCACUAUUCUAGACACGGGAGACACAAUGGUGAAUACACAGGUGUGGUCUGGACCCUCCUGGAGUUUAUGUUCUCCUCGGAGAACAGACACACAAACAAAAAUUACAAAUUCUAUAAGCUCUAGAAAGCAAAUAAACAGGGGCAAAGAGGCUCUAGAAGGCAAAUAAACAGGGGUAAGAUCUUUCAGAUCCCUUAGCUGGAUGCUAAAAAUCCAUGCAUUCUGGCCACAUCACAGAAAUGAACCAACUCAAUGCCUUUCAACCACACUAUUUUGAUUAUUGGACCUGCUGCUAUCCAUCACAGAGCCUUUCUUUGAUAGUAGUGAUGUUGGCAUUCUUGUUUGUUAAUGCUGCAAUGAUCCUAAGCCUUAAAAAUGGAUGUAAAAACAAAAUUACUGACCAGAGGGGAAGACCCCAUUCUCAGUAAUAGAGGAUCUGAAGUUGCAGCGUUCACAUUCUCAGGAUAAACAUGCUUGAGUCCACGCGCACUACCUGUGCCUGUUAUAAAUGCAAAAUCCAUCCACUCUGCUGCCACUCACAACCUAACUUUCUGGAGUAGUGCAAAUGAUGUUUGGAAGAAACUGAAAUUGUAAUGUCGUUGUUAUGACUGAUAACAGAAUAGUGAUGGUUAGUCCUAUCUAGAGAGAAACUUAUGUAAAUUACCCUUCAGAUUCUUUAGUUUGACAUGAAGUUUUAGAAAAAAAUAUGAAGUUUUAGGACCUGGAAAGAGGUUCUGAUUAGUUGUUUAAACAAUUUCCAGUGAGCCAAGAAAUCUACCAGGAAAAAAAAAGAAUAACAAAAGAGCAGAUGUAGAAUGAGAAAGCUAACACAUUAAAGUUUUGGCAAAAAGUAAUUUAUGUAAAUAGCUAAUAAUUUACUUUUGUGCUUACUUUAUUUAGAUUAUUUCUCCAUUACAGUGUUUUUCUAGUUAAGUGUACCUAAUUUAUUGAAUGGGUGCUAUCCUGUUUAUGUCUGUCUUGGUUUUUCUUGGCUACAGAAAAACUGUUGCAGGACAACACUAGUUUGAUAUUUGAUUUACUCUCCAAUGAGACUCGAUGGCUGGGCCGCUGUAGACUCAUAGUUCCUCUUUCUAUAUUAAGUCCAUCCAGCUAAUUAGAUUUCCAGUGACUUGUAACGCGUAGUUUACACUGAAUUGCAAUUAUAGAUGCAUACAGCUACCGUACUAGGGAAAACUGAUAUUUCCAGUGUGCCAAUAAAUGAUUUUUAUGAGAG